GCCGUGGAGGUGCGCCAUGUGCACCGUGGCGGCGCAAGCGUCUGCAGGGUGAGCAGCGACUUACCGCGACGUUGCAGGGGCGGCUUCGUCGAAAGACGAGCCGGCACCUUGCAGCUGUCCAGGGCGCGCGAGGAAGACCUGCCUUUGCUCGCUGCCCUGGAUGCGGCCGACUUCAUUUCCAUGCCUCCGUGGAUAACGCCGGAAAUUGAAGCGGAGGAGCAGCACCACGAUAGCGGCGGCAAAGUUGAGGACUUCUGGUCCUGGUUGUGCUCUACGUUGCGCUGCUGCAUUCUGCUGCAUGUCAAGGCCGAAGCGAACGUGAGCUUGAAGUUGCAGCUGGAUGACUUAGUGAACAUCUCGGAGAACCCGUUGCACAAGCUGGGUGAGAGCCCGCCUGGAAAGCUUUUCACGGAUGUGCUGACCGGCAACAAGCCCCCGGGUUUGGUGGAGGGACAUUUGGAGGGUGUGGCAUCGACAAGUGAGAUGCAGCG